AUGAAUGCUCCCAGGAAAGAAAACGCUGAGCUUGAUAUGGCUACUCGUCUAAAGUUGAAAGCGAAGCUUUUGGCCAACUUCCAACGAGCACUUGCUUCGACUAAUAUGGAUUUAAUAUGGCCAAUUUACGACGAGCUUUAUGAUUAUGGAUUUCUUCAGUGCGUUAGUAGACGUGUAUUUCAUUACCUUAUCAAGUAUACGAUCAAUUCUCGAGCCACUUCAAAGAACUUGAAUCGAUUCAAAACCAUUGUUGAGGAUAUGCUAACGCAUGGACAUCACUUGACAGUAUCAGAAUACAAUGCCCUCAUUCAUUGGGUGGGCGGCCAUACCGUACCACAGCGACGACCACAGCAUUUUACAGAGGCGAUGAAAAUCUUUGAUGAGAUGCAGCAGCCCUAUGUCAUCCUCAAUGUUCAGCACCAAUCCUCAUUAGGGACCGGCAUUGAGAGGAAAAUAGCAAAAGAGCCGGUGGGGCCAAACGCGGGGACAUUUAAUACGCUCAUUAACAUUGCAGCUCAAAUCUCUGAUGUGAAGGCAGCACAAAAAUUAUAUCAUGAUAUGGUUUCUCGAGGGAUCCCUCCCGAUACGCUGACCUAUUCUACAUUGAUCAAGGCGCUGGGGAAAAUAGGAGACGUGGAUGGUAUUGAUUAUCUGUUACAGCGAAUUACUGACCAACACGACGAAGACUUGAUCAGAACAACCUACAUUUGGAAUACUAUCAUUGCAGGCUAUGCUUUCAAUGGGUUGCCAGAAAGAGCUUAUGAACUCUUUCACAAAAUGAAGGAAGUCAAUCGAGUUCAACUGAGUCUUAGAGGACAACAAAACCAGCGCCAUCCUAAUAAAGGAAAACGGAAAAGAGGUCAGCAGCAACAACAACAACAGCGAUGCUCAAAGAAAAAGGGAAUACCAAAGGCGGAUUUCGAGACAUUUCGAAUCUAUAUUGACUUAUUGUUACAGGAUGGUAAAAGGGAAGAAGCAGUCUCGACAUUAUUCACAAUGCAACCCCAUUUCAACGUAAAGCCAACAGUAAAGAUUUAUAAUUCGUUAUUCAAAUCGUUUAUGCAAAACGAAGCAUUGGUCUCGUCUGAAGAUGACAUAGAUGACUGCGACAAACGCAGUUUUGUGAUAGACAAACAAUACCAGUUGGAUUUGGAAAAAGUACAUCAAAUAUAUCAACACAUGGUGAAGAACCAAGUAAAGCCGAAUUCCGAAACUUUAUAUACCCUCGUUUCUGCUUUAUUGGAUUUAGGUGAUACCCAAAAUGCAUUGACCCUAUUUAUGAAUAUUACCAAAAAACAAGAAGAACAACAAACUAGUAAUGACAAUGUAGACGCCACAUCCGUGAAAAUACUCACUAGUCAAAUCAUUAGGUUGCAAGAACAAAAAUCACAGCCUUCUAGUUUACGGAUCAAUCCCCUUUUAUUUGCUAGAAUUAGGCGUCUCACAUCGUCUUCAAGAUAG